GGCGUUCCACUAACACCCGCACACACCCCCACCCCAGUGCAAGUCAAGAACAGAGUGCAAGACAAAGACAAAUCAGGCCGGAUCGAUCUACCUAAAGUAACCUCUUCCUUUGUACAGGUCGAACUCAAGACACACGCAUAUCUAACAGCACUACUGGGAUUCUCUUUUAAAGCAACAUGUCACAGUUCAGCACUCUCUCAGUGCGUGAGAGGAAGAAGCAGGCAGCUGCCCUUUGCCAUGAGGUCCAUGGUGGUGCCAACGGUUUUACUAUGGACCUGGGAAAGAAACUUUCCACUCCGAAAGACAUCAUGCUAGAGGAACUGUCUCUCUUGUCAAACCGAGGGUCACGUCUUUUUAAGAUGCGACAGCGGAGAUCAGACAAAUACACGUUUGAAAGCAUUCAGAAUGAAGCCAAUGCCAUGUUCAAUAAUGAAAAUCAAGACAAUGCAGAAAACUCAGCAAAUAAAGGAGAUGCAUCAAAAACACAAGCAAACCCUCAGGACAUUGCACCAGGAUAUGGAGGUCCACUGACAAACAUUCCUCCAGAGAGGUUUAAUGCCACAGCCAUGCCAAAAUCCUACCACUCCCCCUGGGAAGAGGCCAUCAUCAAUGACCCCACGCUGGCCGACACAAUAAAAGUUCACAUGCCAGUGCCUGAGCCUAAAACUGAGCUGCCUGACUACAAAAGCUUUAAUAGGGUGGCUACACCAUUUGGGGGUUUCGAAAAAGCCCCACGAGGGAUCACCUUUAAGCUUCCAGAGGUGGACUUGAAUGCUCCUCGGUACCCCGAGCUCCAGGAUCCUGCAGCCAAGCGACCCACUUUCAACAGGACUGCCCAGGGGUGGAUCUCCGAUGGCACGCCUCUCAUUUUACCCACUGUCUCUCUGGAGCCUUUUGAGAUCCCUGAGUCUGACGAUCUGUAACACAGAUUCAAGCCCUUCUUGUUACCCAAUCCCAAUGAGCCUGAUUGAGGUAUAGGGUGUGUGUAGAAGUCUAGUUUGUGUGUUAGCAUUCUUUGUAUUCUUUGAAGUGAAUUUUGAACUGCUGUUCUUGGUACUGCAAUUUCCACAUAUCAUUUUUGUAAGGGAUGCCUUAGAACUGAAGAUUUUUUAACACAAUAUGUGAGGCAGCAUUUAUAAUCCUCAUCAGAAUUAAACACUUAUGUUGGGUUGAAAUCCACAUAGCACAUUAUACUACAUAUGUGUUUAGUUAUAUCACCUAUCAUUACAACUCUAGGUAACCACAAACUCUGAAAAAUACAGUGUGGACUACCAUCAAAACACAGAAAUUAAUUUUUAUUUAUUGAUGAAGACUUGUACAAUUUGCAAAACAAUACGUAUAUAAAAGUGUAAGAAUAUACAUUGUGCAAUAAGUACAUUUAUUGAUACACUGACUAUGUUACAGUGAUUUUCACUAACAUCAUGCAUGAUUAUACUGUGAAACAUUACCAGUUUUCUAAGACUGCGUUCACAUUUAUGUAAUAUGUUUAGUACAACAUCAAAUACAUUUUAGGUUACUUUUUUUGUGGUGAAAUAUUUCGCACUCUAGAUUCUACGAAAUCUCACCGAGCUUUGUAGUAUAACAGUAAAAUCAAUCCUUUUACAUCUGAAAUCAGAAAUUGAUCAGAGAUAGAACAGCCAUGUAAAUACGGUAUAAUGUGCUGAAUGCCUGAAAUCUUGUUUGCACUGUAAAAAAAAGAAAAAGAAAAGAAAAACAUAUUAUUAAUAUAUAUUUCUGAAAAUUUGUUUUGUGCAAUGUAUUUCUGUCUUUUGGCUAAUGUUUAUCCUUAUAUUCACAGUGUUAGAACCUUUGCUUGUAGCUUUAAAAUAUAGUGUACACAAAUUGUCCACAUAAAAUGCAUAUUUAUUUCAAA